UGUGAUGUUACAGUCAGAAGCCAAUGAAGCAGUAAUAACAGACCGUCAACUGUGGGACUCUUGGAGACAAGGUGCACAUGAUCCAUGUGUAAACACAUAGACGCCUCAGGCAGAAAGUGGAUCCUUGGCCAACCAGUCAAAGAGUACAUCAUCCGCCGCAUUCUUGACCUCCUUGCAUAUCCAGCAGCUGCAAGCCCAAUAUGCCCUCCCCCUCAUCAAUUUCACUGUCCACGUCUCUCUUAACCGCAGGAUACCUCACCUUCCGCGGUCUCACACCCCCAAAUCUUCCUUCCAGAUCCAAAGGUAAUGGGCCGCCAGACCGCAUUAGUCUGAUCGCCGGCCCGAUCACCACCAUCACACUACAUCUCAAUACGGCCUGCACCAUCUAUCAUGCUCUUCUUGCGCUGUUCUAUAUAGAUAGCAGUAACAACAAUGCUAAAGAGCUGACCAAUUCUGGUGAUGGAGUGUACCUUCAAGCAAUCUGUCCCCACCGGACCAACCUUGCGCCGCAUCUCUUUACCUGGACUAUCACAUCCACACUCUGCCUCGUUUCCAUCAUCAUGGGCGCUUUGCUUCGGCUCUCUGCAUUCAAGUUUCUAGGUCAGAACUUUACCUUCCAGUUGACGCAACCAAAUACCCUAGUAACUGGGGGGUUGUACCGAUUGGUACAGCAUCCCAGUUACACAGGGCUGUGGUUCCUCGCAGUAGGACAUCUGGGAUUGGUGACACGAUGGGACGGCGCAGUGGCCUGUGCUAUGGAUGAAGCGGUGCAUGAGCGGCUAUCUGGAUGGGGAGGAUGGGUAGUAAGUGUGAUAGUAACAGGGUUGAUCUAUUCAACGGUGAUGCGUGUGCGAGACGAAGAGGGGAUGUUGCGGGACCAAUUCGGGCGGGAUUGGGAGGAAUGGCAUGUGAGGACGGCGCGAUUCAUCCCAUAUUUAAUAUAGUAGAUA